ACUGACUCAACUACUCGUAGACUAUUUCACCGGGGGUGGAACAAAAUGAGAUCAUUCCCCGCCGCUUCAAUCAGGUCUCUCUUAGAAAAUCAGAAUCCACAGCAUAGCCCCCCAAGAAGCAAAGCACCAACAAUGUCCAAACCGACACCCCACCCGUCACCGCCCACCUCCCCACCCCGCCCGCUCUCCGGAAGCGUCACGACGACGACGACGACGACGACGACGACGACGACGGUCCCAACGGCAACGAUCGCACCCUCACUCCCCCUCCGGGAGACGAUAAUCUCGCCCGUGGGCGACAUACUGCUCCGCCUAUUCACGCCCACGCACAUACAGGAUUACAGAACCUCGGCAAGCGUACUGAUAACCACGUCCAAGAUCUUCGCGGCAAUGCUAAGCCCGACGUCCCCAUUCUCCGAAGCCCAACGCUUCAACAGCUCGCCCUCCUCCUCGACGGAUCCCUUCGUGCUGAAGCUCCACGACGACGACCCCAUCGCACUCUGCAUCCUGCUGAAGGCCCUGCACAAUCACUCGGCCAUUCCCCGGACCCUGAGCUUCAAGCAGCUGGUCAAGAUGGCGGUGGUGGUGGACAAGUACGACUGCUCGCACGCCACGAGGAUGUACGGCGACAGGUGGAUGAAGGGCUGGACCUCCAAGGCCGAGAAAACGGGCUACGAGGAGUGGCUGUUCGUGUCCUGGGUGUGGGGCGCGGAGAAGAUUUUCGGAAAGCUGUUCGCCAAGAUUGUGAAGGAGGUGUGCGUCCAGAGGGUUGGCGGCGGCAUGGACAGGACUCCAAUCCUGAAGGACAGGAAGAGUGCGAACGGGUUUGAAGAGUUUGUGCCCGAGAGUGUGUUAAGUAUGACAGCGUGCCCAACCAACAUGUGAUAACCAACCACAACUAUAACUUUUUAUUGAUAAACCCGGCUUUUUCUCCGCCAGAUAGAUAGCUGACAAAAGGACAUGAUGUUAUCAUUACAGGAGCGAUAUUAACCCACCGUGCCACCAUCCUCUCCCACUUGAAACCGGUCUUCACAUCCCUCUUCAAGCGCUACCAACCUCCCCCCACCCCUUCACAACCACCCCUCCAGUGCACCGCCACACCCCCAGACCCCCGCUGCGACGCCCUGGUAUUCUUCGGCGUCUACCGCAAGCUCUCGGAAUUGAACCUCCUACCAUGGAACACCAUCGAGGACCUUGACGGCUUCACUAUCGACGAGUUGGUGGGCUGGACCCUCAACGCGGCUCCCGCCUCCUCUUCAGUCUCCCCGGUAGGAGGAGGCGGAGGAAGCGGUAUGAAGAUACUAUCGUUGGAAAAGCACGGAAGAGCAUGCAAUCCGCUCGACCAGCUCACGGCUCAGGUGAAGCAAGCAAUGGCCACGAGCGUGGGAAACGGCGAGCGCGAGGUGUGGGAGUUUAGAGGGCGGGAGGAGGAGUACUCGUGGGAGGACAUCAGUAGAGAGGUUAGCAAAUGA